AUGCUGAGGAAAUUUUUUGGACACAACCCGUCGGUUCUCUCGCAUCGCUACGUAUGUCUGGAAACUCAACGCAAUGACGAGAACCUUCGCGGCUAUACUGGACUGGUCAACCAGCAACACGCGAUGGCCGAAUUCAACGACAUUAGCCCAGAACAGACGGAAUGCCUCCUGUGGAUAUGCGGACUAGCCUCUUCCGAUAAUGCUUACAUCUGGACCAGUGCCCUUAGCAAGAUGACACACAAACCCCAAACCACAUUGAAGGAAUUGGCCGCGGAAAUUUAG